AUGUAUGUAGUGCUUGAUGAACAGAGCAACAAAUCUCUGGCCAAGACAGAGUUUUUCAAUCUCUUCAACAUCAAUGACAACUCUGCUCCAUACAUCAUGAAGACCUGUUCUGGGGUAACAGAGACUUCAGGCAGGAGAGCCGUCAACUUCAUGGUGGAGUCUAUAGACGGACACAAGAAGCUCACUCUCCCUACUCUGAUAGAGUGUGACAUGAUGCCAGACGAUAGAAUGGAGAUUCCCUCCCCAGACAUUGCGCAUCAUCAUCCCCAUCUGCAACCAGUGGCGGACAAAAUUCCAGCUGUGGACCCAGACGCUCCCAUCCUCCUGCUCUUAGGACGAGACAUCUUAACCUCAGCCCACGCUGGCCUGCUGUCGGACCGAGAUGGAGAACAGGGUCAGGGUCAAGGUGCAGAGGACCAGGAGGACCCAGAGCACGGGAAGGCAGGUGGACCACCACCUCAGCCAGAGGGUCAGGAGGAGGAGGGCAGUGAUCUGAUCAUCCAGCCCAAGAAGCUACUCAACCCGGUCAGAGUCUCCAAGAGCCACCAGGAGCUCCACAGGGAACUAAGGAUGACACACAAGAGAGGUCCAUGUCUGGAGGGGAAGCCAGAGCUCCAGCAUGUUCUGGAACAGAGGAACUGGGAACAGGGGGUGAAACAGAGAAGAGAGGCAGAAGAGGAGAAGAAGAACAGGUCUCCUCUCCAACAGGAACUGCUCAAGAGGCAUCAGAGGCUGGAGGAGCUGGAGAGAGAGCUAAAGGCACAACAGCAGGGCCUGCAGAGUUCCCCAGAGUUCAUCAGAGUUAAAGAGAGCCUGCGAUGCACCACCAUACUGGAUGUGGGGAAGGCAGUUUAA